AGAGACCAAAGACAUGGCAGGCAGGAAAUUCCAGGACCCAUUAGAAAUCAUGUGGCAAAUGCUGAAGGAAUGUCUGCAGAGAAGACAAGAAAUGAAAGGAGAGCCUGCGGAGAAAGAAGCAUUUCCCAGAGGAAGCAGUGGUUGCAUGGCCAGCCUCUGCUACAGGAAGGGAGGCCAUGCCAGGCACAGGCACAGGAGAUGAGGGUGCUGGGAAGGCUUCUCCAUCAGCUUGGAUGAAUAAAGUUUUGAAGCCCUUGGAGCCUCCUGCAGAUGUGUCUACAGGGAAGACUUCUCCAGCUUCUCCAGCUGCUACCUUGGAUGCUGCACUCAAGCCCAGCUCCCAUCUCAGGGGUACUCCAACAGGGAAAAUCCAAGAUACAACAGAUAAGAUAUCCCUGGAACCAUCCAAACAGAUGAGGCAAGAGCUGAAGGAACCCCUGCAGAAAAGAGAAGAGAUGGACAUAGUGCUUCAGUGGAAGGUGGUAUUUCUUGAAGGAAGCACUCCAUCUUCGGUGCGAGCCCCUGCUGCAGGAAGGAAGGCGAUGGCAGACACGGGCACAGGCACAGCAGACUGGGAUGCUGGGAAGGAUUCUCCAUUAGCCUGGCGCUCUGAAGUUGUGAAGCCCUCUGAGCAUUCUGCAGGCGUGUCUGCAGGGACGACCUCACCAACUCCUACCUUGGAUGCUGCACAAAAGGCCAGCUCCCAUGGCAGGGGUCCUCUGACAGGAGAGACCAAAGACAUGGCAGGCAGGAAAUUCCAGGACCCAUUAGAAAUCAUGUGGCAAAUGCUGAAGGAAUGUCUGCAGAGAAGACAAGAAAUGAAAGGAGAGCCUGCGGAGAAAGAAGCAUUUCCCGGAAGAAGCAGUGGUUGCAUGCCAGCCUCAGCUCCAGGAAGGGAGGCCAUGCCAGGCACAGGCACAGGAGAUGAGGGUGCUGGGAAGGCUUCUCCAUCAGCUUGGAUGAAUAAAGUUUUGAAGCCCUUGGAGCCUCCUGCAGAUGUGUCUAGAGGGAAGACUUCUCCAGCUUCUCCAGCUGCUACCUUGGAUGCUGCACUCAAGCCCAGCUCCCAUCUCAGGGGUACUCCAACAGGGAAAAUCCAAGAUACAACAGAUAAGAUAUCCCUGGAACCAUCCAAACAGAUGAGGCAAGAGCUGAAGGAACCCCUGCAGACAAGAGAAGAGAUGGACAUAGUGCUUCAGUGGAAGGUGGUAUUUCUUGAAGGAAGCACUCCAUCUUCGGUGCCAGCCCCUGCUGCAGGAAGGAAGGCGAUGGCAGACACGGGCACAGGCACAGCAGACUGGGAUGCUGGGAAGCAUUCUCCAUUAGCCUGGCGCUCUGAAGUUGUGAAGCCCUCUGAGCAUUCUGCAGGCGUGUCUGCAGGGACGACCUCACCAACUCCUACCUUGGAUGCUGCACAAAAGGCCAGCUCCCAUGGCAGGGGUCCUCUGACAGGAGAGACCAAAGACAUGGCAGGCAGGAAAUUCCAGGACCCAUUAGAAAUCAUGUGGCAAAUGCUGAAGGAAUGUCUGCAGAGAAGACAAGAAAUGAAAGGAGAGCCUGCGGAGAAAGAAGCAUUUCCCGGAGGAAGCAGUGGUUGCAUGCCAGCCUCAGCUCCAGGAAGGGAGGCCAUGCCAGGCACAGGCACAGGAGAUGAGGGUGCUGGGAAGGCUUCUCCAUCAGCUUGGAUGAAUAAAGUUUUGAAGCCCUUGGAGCCUCCUGCAGAUGUGUCUAGAGGGAAGACUUCUCCAGCUUCUCCAGCUGCUACCUUGGAUGCUGCACUCAAGCCCAGCACCCAUCUCAGGGGUACUCCAACAGGGAAAAUCCAAGAUACAACAGAUAAGAUAUCCCUGGAACCAUCCAAACAGAUGAGGCAAGAGCUGAAGGAACCCCUGCAGACAAGAGAAGAGAUGGACAUAGUGCUUCAGUGGAAGGUGGCAUUUCUUGAAGGAAGCACUCCAUCUUCGGUGCCAGCCCCUGCUGCAGGAAGGAAGGCGAUGGCAGACACGGGCACAGGCACAGCAGACUGGGAUGCUGGGAAGCAUUCUCCAUUAGCCUGGCGCUCUGAAGUUGUGAAGCCCUCUGAGCAUUCUGCAGGCGUGUCUGCAGGGAUGACCUCACCAACUCCUACCUUGGAUGCUGCACAAAAGGCCAGCUCCCAUGGCAGGGGUCCUCUGACAGGAAAGACCAAAGACAUGGCAGGCAGGAAAUUCCAGGACCCAUUAGAAAUCAUGUGGCAAAUGCUGAAGGAAUGUCUGCAGAGAAGACAAGAAAUGAAAGGAGAGCCUGCGGAGAAAGAAGCAUUUCCCGGAGGAAGCAGUGGUUGCAUGCCAGCCUCAGCUCCAGGAAGGGAGGCCAUGCCAGGCACAGGCACAGGAGACUGGAAUCGUGACAUGGGUUUUCAGGAAGUCCUGAUGAAGGAUGGUUUGAAGUUCCUGGAGGAUGCUGGAGGCAAGUUUUCAUUCUGCCUUUCCUGAGUGAAUAAUCAGGAUCAAUGCAAAAAAAGCUCAUUUAU